CCAAACCGAGUUGAGGCGGCGGCCUCCUCGAUGUCGUUCUCGUGGCCUUUGCUUCCGUCUACGGAGGACCAGAGAUCGGAGCGAUCGGGCGAGGGAUAGAGAUGGACGGUGGAGCUGCUGCAGGUUCCAGUCCUCCGCCGCCGCUUCAUCCGGCGAUAGCCCCUCUUUCGUUUCUACUCGGGAGGUGGAGAGGGGAAGGAGAGGGCGGUUUCCCGACCAUCAACUCCUUCCGCUAUGGCGAAGAGCUCCAAUUCUCCCACUCCGGAAAGCCAGUGAUAGCAUACUCCCAGAAGACAUGGAAGCUGACCUCCGGCGAGCCGAUGCACGCGGAGAGCGGCUACUGGCGGCCCAAACCCGACGGCUCCAUCGAAGUGGUAAUUGCCCAAAGCACCGGUCUUGUGGAGGUCCAGAAGGGUUCCUAUGAUGCCGAACAUAAGAUUGUGACACUACAAAGUGAACUGGUUGGGAAUGCAGCAAAGGUGAAGGAAAUUACCAGAGUUUUUAAAAUGGCUGAUGGUAAUCUCUCUUACGUUGUUCAGAUGGCUACGCAUCUGUCCAGCCUUCAGCCACAUCUCAAAGCUCUACUUAAGAAGAUUUGACAUAAAUAUUUGAUGUGACUAGAUAAGCAAAUAUUCCUAGUCUUAUUCAAGUUUUUGGGUUUAAAUGAAAUGAAGCUUUUUCACUGUUAGAACAAAACCAAUCAUGUUUAAUAAUUAUAAUGAUCAUUAUGAGUAUAUCAUGUUACUGUCCCAA